AUGGCCAUCGGCAAAGGUUUCAAGCUCUUUCAUACCCUUUUCCUAGUGAUUUCUUGGCAGUAUUGUGCAAAAGUGGGUGCCACUUUUAGUGAUGUCACUGGUGUCGUAAAUCUCGAUCAUCAAUUUUCAUUUCGUGCCUUUGCAUCACAUGACACACAAGCACAAGAUGGAAGCAUUGCUCUAACCCCGGAGGCUGCAUUAGAUGGAAGCAUUGCUCUAACCCCGGAGGCUGCAUUAGAUGGAAGCAUUGCUCUAACCCCGGAGGCUGCAUUAGAUGGAAGCAUUGCUCUAACCCCGGAGGCUGCAUUAGAUGGAAGCAUUGCUCUAACCCCGGAGGCUGCAUUAGAUGGAAGCAUUGCUCUAACCCCGGAGGCUGCAUUAGAUGGAAGCAUUGCUCUAACCCCGGAGGCUGCAUUAGAUGGAAGCAUUGCUCUAACCCCGGAGGCUGCAUUAGAUGGAAGCAUUGCUCUAACCCCGGAGGCUGCAUUAGAUGGAAGCAUUGCUCUAACCCCGGAGGCUGCAUUAGAUGGAAGCAUUGCUCUAACCCCGGAGGCUGCAUUAGAUGGAAGCAUUGCUCUAACCCCGGAGGCUGCAUUAGAUGGAAGCAUUGCUCUAACCCCGGAGGCUGCAUUAGAUGGAAGCAUUGCUCUAACCCCGGAGGCUGCAUUAGAUGGAAGCAUUGCUUUAACCCCGGAGGCUGCAUUAGAUGGAAGCAUUGCUCUAACCCCGGAGGCUGCAUUAGAUGGAAGCAUUGCUCUAACCCCGGAGGCUGCAUUAGAUGGAAGCAUUGCUCUAACCCCGGAGGCUGCAUCAGAUGGAAGCAUUGCUCUAACCCCGGAGGCUGCAUCGGAUGGAAGCAUUGCUCUAACCCCGGAGGCUGCAUCGGAUGGAAGCAUUGCUCUAACCCCGGAGGCUGCAUCGGAUGGAAGCAUUGCUCUAACCCCGGAGGCUGCAUCGGAUGGAAGCAGCGUUGCUCUAACCCCGCCAGAGGUUGCAUCGGAUGGAAGCAGCGUUGCUCUAACCCCGCCGGAGGCUGCAUCGGAUGGAAGCAGCGUUGCUCUAACCCCGCCGGAGGCUGCAUCGGAUGGAAGCAGCGUUGCUCUAACCCCGCCGGAGGCUACAUCGGAUGGAAGCAGCGUUGCUCUAACCCCGCCGGAGGCUGCAUCGGAUGGAAGCACUCUCACCCAACCUGAGGCAGCAUCUGCAGCAUCUGAUGGAAGCAGCGUUGCUCAAACCCCGCAGGCUUCAUCGGAUGGAAGCAACGUUGCUCAAACCCAGCCGGAGGCUGCAUCGUAUGGAAGCAGCGUUGCACUAACCCCGCCAGUGGCUGCAUCGGAUGGAAGCAGCGUUGCUCUAACCCCGCCGGAGGCUGCAUCGGAUGGAAGCAGCGUUGCUCUAACCCCGCCGGAGGCUGCAUCGGAUAGAAGCAGCGUUGCACUAACCCCGCCGGAGGCUGCAUCGGAUGGAAGCAGCGUUGCACAAACCCCGCCGGAGGCUGCAUCGGAUGGAAGCAGCGUUGCACAAACCCCGCCGGAGGCUGCAUCGGAUGGAAGCAGCGUUGCUCAAACCCCACCGGAGGCUGCAUCGGAUGGAAGCAGCGUUGCUCAAACCCCGCCGGAGGCUGCAUCGGAUGGAAGCAGCGUUGGUCAAACCCCGCCGGAGGCUGCAUCGGAUGGAAGCAGCGUUGCUCAAACCCCGCCGGAGGCUGCAUCGGAUGGAAGCAGCGUUGGUCAAACCCCGCCGGAGGCUGCAUCGGAUGGAAGCAGCGUUGGUCAAACCCCGCCGGAGGCUGCAUCGGAUGGAAGCGGCGUUGGUCAAACCCCGCCGGAGGCUGCAUCGGAUGGAAGCGACGUUGCUCAGACCCUGGAGGCUUCAUUGGAUGGAAGCGGCGUUGCUCAAACCCCGGAGGCUUCAUUGGAUGGAAGCGGCGUUGCUCAGACCCCGGAGGCUUCAUUGGAUGGAAGCGGCGUUGCUCAAACCCUUGCCCAAACCCCAGAGGCUUCAUUGGAUGGAAGCGCGCAAACCCCAGAGGCUUCAUUGGAUGUUAGCAGCGUUGCGCAAACCCCGGAGGCUUCAUUGGAUGUUAGCGGCGUUGCGCAAACCCCGGAGGCUUCAUUGGAUGGAAUUGGCAUUGCUCAGACCCCGGAGGCUUCAUUGGAUGGAAGUGACAUUGCUCAAACCCCGGAGGCUUCAUUGGAUGGAAGUGACAUUGCUCAAACCCCGGAGGCUUCAUUGGAUGGAAGCGACAUUGCUCAAACCCCGGAGGCUUCAUUGGAUGGAAGCGGCAUUGCUCAAACCCCGGAGGCUUCAUUGGAUGGAAGCGGCAUUGCUCAAACCCCGAAGGCUUCAUUGGAUGGAAGCGGCAGUGCUCAAACCCCGGAGGCUUCGUUGGAUGGAAGCGGCAGUGCUCAAACCCCGGAGGCUUCGUUGGAUGGAAGCGGCAGUGCUCAAACCCCGGAGGCUUCGUUGGAUGGAAGCGGCAGUGCUCAAACCCCGGAGGCUUCGUUGGAUGGAAGCGGCAGUGCUCAAACCCCGGAGGCUUCGUUGGAUGGAAGCGGCAGUGCUCAAACCCCGGAGGCUUCGUUGGAUGGAAGCGGCAGUGCUCAAACCCCGGAGGCUUCGUUGGAUGGAAGCGGCAGUGCUCAAACCCCGGAGGCUUCGUUGGAUGGAAGCGGCAGUGCUCAAACCCCGGAGGCUUCGUUGGAUGGAAGCGGCAGUGCUCAAACCCCGGAGGCUUCGUUGGAUGGAAGCGGCAGUGCUCAAACCCCGGAGGCUUCGUUGGAUGGAAGCGGCAUUGCUCAAACCCCGGAGGCUUCAUUGGAUGGAAGCGGCAGUGCUCAAACCCCGGAGGCUUCGUUGGAUGGAAGCGGCAGUGCUCAAACCCCGGAGGCUUCGUUGGAUGGAAGCGGCAUUGCUCAAACCCCGGAGGCUUCGUUGGAUGGAAGCGGCAUUGCUCAAACCCCGGAGGCUUCGUUGGAUGGAAGCGGCAUUGCUCAAACCCCGGAGGCUUCGUUGGAUGGAAGCGGCAUUGCUCAAACCCCGGAGGCUUCGUUGGAUGGAAGCGGCAUUGCUCAAACCCCGGAGGCUUCGUUGGAUGGAAGCGGCAUUGCUCAAACCCCGGAGGCUUCGUUGGAUGGAAGCGGCAUUGCUCAAACCCCGGAGGCUUCGUUGGAUGGAAGCGGCAUUGCUCAAACCCCGGAGGCUUCGUUGGAUGGAAGCGGCAUUGCUCAAACCCCGGAGGCUUCGUUGGAUGGAAGCGGCAUUGCUCAAACCCCGGAGGCUUCGUUGGAUGGAAGCGGCAUUGCUCAAACCCCGGAGGCUUCGUUGGAUGGAAGCGGCAUUGCUCAAACCCCGGAGGCUUCGUUGGAUGGAAGCGGCAUUGCUCAAACCCCGGAGGCUUCGUUGGAUGGAAGCGGCAUUGCUCAAACCCCGGAGGCUUCGUUGGAUGGAAGCGGCAUUGCUCAAACCCCGGAGGCUUCGUUGGAUGGAAGCGGCAUUGCUCAAACCCCGGAGGCUUCGUUGGAUGGAAGCGGCAUUGCUCAAACCCCGGAGGCUUCGUUGGAUGGAAGCAGCAUUGCUCAAACCCCGGAGGCUUCGUUGGAUGGAAGCAGCAUUGCUCAAACCCCGGAGGCUUCGUUGGAUGGAAGCAGCGUUGCUCAAACCCCAACCAUUGCACCAAUUGGAAGCAGCGUUGCUCAAACCCCGGAGCCUGCAUCGGAUGGAAGCAGCGUUGCUCAAACCCCAACCAUUGCACCAAUUGGAAGCGUUGCUCAAACCCCAAACAUUGCCCCAAGUAGCACACAAGCUUGA